GUUGGCCUUUAGGGUCAAAGGCCAUCUUGACUUGACCCUUCAGACCACAGACUGUCCAGGGCCUGGGAGGCCAGGCUCAGAGGAAAUGUACCUGGGGUGUGCAGGGUAUGGGGGCUGGGGACAGUGGUCCAGCUAUUUGGAAUGUGGGAAGAGGUAACAGGAUGGGUUGGCCAGAUUAAGACACACCCAAGGCUUUGCUGUUUAAGCAGUAGCAGAGAGAUAAAGCAAAGUCCCCAGAGCAAGUCACAGGUGAUGUUAUGGCCCCUGCCCCAAGAGGGUUUCAUCUAGAACCCCUCGGCAGAGAACCUGUGAGCAGGGACCCCUGUAUGCUCAGCCUUGCCAGGCAGGCACUCUGGAUAGUUGCAUAGCCCAGUUCUUCAGAGUGGGAAACAGGCCAGGUGGGCUGCUAAGGCAUUAGUUUGUGGCUGGGGAUAAGGAAACAGCUGUGUAUCAGAUGUGUUGUGGAGGUAUGUUCCCAGGCACAACAGUGGUGGGUGGCUCUUCCUGGAGGUGUAUGAAGCCCAGGGCUCCAUCACCAUUUGUGUCCACAGUUAGGAGGGUUUGAGCUCAGUGCUCAGACCUGACACAAGGCGAUCAUGAUCCUCUUGGUCACACGUGGCCACUGCAGGGCCUGUCCUUGUGACUAAGAACUUGGGCUCCAGCCACUCCCUUUCUCCAGGUCUUUCCAUGAUGUGGUUUUCAGCUUUUGUCUCCGCAUGCCACCAGCUCCUCACUGGAGGCUUAACCCUCUAUCCCAGCUUCUCAAAGGUCUUUCUUUGCUUUCCAGGACAGACAUGGAGGCGCUCUAACACCAUCCAUGGCUCCCUGUUACAUUUUUCAGUGAGCUCCAAUCCUUAUUGCAACUGUGGUUAGCUCAGCGAGCACCCUCCUCCCCAUCUGUGACACUCUUUCCCCAUGCCCACUGGUUCUCUUCUUUCUCAUGGUCAAAAUUAUUAUGUUGCUUGUCUACUUGCCUUCUUUGCUAUUUCUUGAGAAAGAAAUAGCGUCCAGGCUGGCCUUAAGUUCCUAGCUGUACCCCUCAAGUCCUGUGACAAGAGGUGUGUGUUACCACCUCCAAAAGUGUGGUGAGGGCUGGAAUGGAGCCCUCCAUGCCAGGCAAGCAUUCUGCCAGCAGAGCUAUAUCCCUCUUUCUUUGAAAUUAGUCCUUGACAUUCUUCAUCUGUCUCUUUAUCUGAGAUCAAGGACUACCCUGAAGUCACCCCUAGAUGUCCCAGAGGCAGGUAAACUGUUAAGUGUUCAAUAAAUGUUUAUCAAGUGAAUAAAUGACUGGAUAUGGGUUUGUGCUGCAGCCAGCAGCAUGGGGAACGCCUGACGUGGCAAAGAGCCUGGAGGAGAUGUGGCAGAGUCUCAGAGUGACUUGAGAAGGAUGAGUUGGGGAAAACCUGGGUGCGUGUGCCUCAGUUUCCCCAGCUAUCUUCUCGUACCAAAUAUAGGAUCUGAGCUUCAAAUCCGAGCAAGGCUCUGAUCCGGUGUCUAAAAGUCCAGGGAGUCGGGUACUGUCAGAAUGACUACCACUGGCUACCUAGGACCUGGGGGAGAAGGACAUAUUCCUUUGGUUUGUAGUAUAUGUGACUUAUCGCCUUUGGUAAUGGCUUUCGUGGCCAUGCACGCUGCGUUCAUCGCAGACAUCAUACAGAUGGGAAGGAAAGGGGAAGAGCCAGGCAGGGCUAACACCUUCGAGUCAGAGGGCGGACCCGUCACAGCCUGCACUACUAGCCAGCAUCGCCAAAGCCUCACUCUGCGGUCCGGGCCCUAGCAACGCCCCACCUGCUUGUCGUGGCCCUAGCGAUGUCCCGCCCUCACCGCGCAGUGCCCUAGCAACGGCCAGGUAGCCCCGCCCCCCCAUUGCUCAGAACCAUAGCAAAGCCCUGCCUGGGCUGCUGAGGUCCAUAGCAACGCCCCGCCCUCCUGCCAGGGUGCCUCUCCCGGUGCUUACUUAGAGCUCAAGCAACAUCCUGCCUGUGUUGCUGAGGUCCAUAGCAACGCCCCUCCCUUGCUACCUAGAGCCCUAGCAACGGCCAGGUAACCCCGCCCCCUUUGCGCAGAACCCUAGCAACCCCCUGCCUGUGCUGCUAGGGGGCCUAGCAACGCUCACGUUAGUCCCAGAGCCCUAGCAACGUCCACUACGCCGCGUCGAGCUGCUCGGGGCCCUAGCAACGCCCCGCACUGUCCCUCAAGGCCCUGGCAACGCUGGGCACCGACAGGCGGGUUCUAAUUGCGCUCCAUCCCAGCGCUUCCGGCAGUGCUGUAGCAACAAAAGCUCCUUAGUUGGGGACCCUAGCAACGCCCCGCCUAGCACUGUAGCAACGCCUCGCCCCUCUUCCUCCUCCAUCACGACGCCACGCCCCCUCAGGCUCCGCCCCGUGAUUGGGCGGGGCUCCCAGCCGGGCUUCCUCCUUGCUACCGCGCGCGCUCCUUGUUGCCCGCGGCCACUGGGCCGCUCUACGGGGCUCAGGCCGAAUUCGGCCGAUCUGGCCGAGGCCCCGGCCCACGGAGGGUGGCAGCAUGUCUGACCCCAGCUACUGGACCGCGGUCGCGGCCCCCGGGCACCGCAGCCGCCUGGCCAAGGGUGCGCUGCUACAGCGUUCCAAAAGCUGCCGCAGUGGCAACCGUAAGAGCUUGGUCGUAGGGACGCCCUCACCCACUCUCUCCAGACCUCUGUCACCACUCUCUGUCCCAACUGCAGGCAACAGCCCCCUGGACAGUCCUCGGAACUUCUCCGCUGCAGCAGCCAUCAGUUUCCCCUUUGCCCGGAGGGCUGACGGCAGAAGAUGGUCACUUGCUUCCCUCCCGUCCUCGGGCUAUGGGACCAACACUCCCAGCUCCACUGUAUCGUCAAGCUCGUCCUCCCGGGAGCGUCUACACCAGCUCCCCUUCCAGCCCACAGCAGACGAGCUGCGCUUCCUGUCCAAACACUUCCGCAGCUCAGAGAGUGUGGUGGACGAGGAUGGAGGCCGUUCUCCGCGCCUGCGCCCACGUUCACGCAGCCUCAGCCCUGGACGCACAUCAGGAACCUUUGACAAUGAGAUAGUGAUGAUGAACCACGUGUACCGGGAGCGCUUCCCCAAGGCCACGGCGCAGAUGGAGGGCCGGCUGCAGGACUUCCUGGCAGCAUUUGCUCCUGGCGACCGCCUGGCACUGGCAGACGGUGUCUUGGGCUUUAUCCACCACCAGAUCGUGGAGCUGGCACGGGACUGCCUGGCCAAGUCGGGCGAGGCUCUGGUCACCUCCCGCUAUUUCCUGGAGAUGCAGGACAAGCUGGAGAGGCUGUUGCAGGAUGCUCACGAGCGGUCUGACAGCGCCGAGGUGGGCUUCAUAGUGCAGCUGGUCCGGAAGCUACUCAUCAUCAUCUCCAGGCCAGCGCGGCUGCUCGAGUGCUUGGAGUUCGACCCGGAAGAAUUCUACCAUCUUCUGGAGGCUGCAGAAGGCCAGGCCCGCGAGGACCAGGGCGUGAAGACCGAUCUGCCCCGCUACAUCAUCCGCCAGCUGGGCCUUGCCAAGGACCCGCUGGAAGAGAUCCAGCCCCUGAAUGACCUUGAUGAAAGCCAGCCUCCUGCUCCGGGAUCCCCUGAGAGCCGAGGCCUGGGUGGUCCGUCUCGGAGGAAGCCAUGUGAGAGCGACUUUGAGACCAUCAAGCUCAUUAGCAAUGGAGCCUAUGGGGCCGUCUACCUGGUACGCCACAGGGAUACGCGGCAGCGCUUCGCCAUCAAGAAAAUCAACAAGCAGAACUUAAUUCUGCGCAACCAGAUCCAACAGGUGUUUGUGGAGCGAGACAUCCUCACCUUCGCCGAGAACCCCUUUGUGGUCGGCAUGUUCUGCUCCUUUGAGACCCGCCGCCACCUCUGUAUGGUCAUGGAAUAUGUGGAAGGGGGUGACUGCGCCACGCUCCUGAAAAACAUGGGCCCACUGCCCGUGGACAUGGCACGCAUGUACUUUGCGGAGACGGUGCUGGCACUGGAAUAUCUGCACAACUAUGGCAUUGUGCACCGAGAUCUCAAACCUGACAACCUGCUCAUCACCUCCCUCGGCCAUAUCAAGCUGACGGACUUCGGCCUGUCCAAGAUCGGCCUCAUGAGCAUGGCCACCAACCUGUAUGAAGGUCACAUCGAGAAGGAUGCCCGAGAGUUUGUGGACAAGCAGGUGUGUGGGACACCCGAGUACAUCGCACCAGAGGUGAUCUUCCGCCAGGGCUACGGGAAGCCAGUAGACUGGUGGGCCAUGGGUGUUAUCCUGUAUGAGUUCCUGGUGGGCUGUGUGCCAUUCUUCGGGGACACGCCUGAGGAGCUGUUCGGACAGGUUGUCAGCGAUGAGAUCAUGUGGCCAGAGGGAGAUGAGGCCCUUCCCCUCGACGCUCAGGACCUGAUUACUAGGCUUCUGCGUCAGAGCCCAAUGGACAGGCUGGGGACUGGUGGCACCCAUGAGGUGAAACAGCACCCCUUCUUCCUGGCCCUGGACUGGGCAGGGCUCCUGAGACACAAGGCAGAGUUUGUCCCACAGCUUGAAGCUGAGGAUGACACCAGCUACUUUGACACUCGCUCUGAGCGGUACCGCCAUUUGGGCUCCGAGGACGAUGAGACGAAUGAUGAGGAGUCCUCCACGGAGAUCCCCCAGUUCUCCUCAUGUUCCCACCGCUUCAGCAAGGUUUACAGCAGCUCUGAGUUCCUGGCCGUCCAGCCCACCCCCACCUUUGCUGAAAGGAGCUUCAGUGAGGACCGAGAAGAAGGCUGGGGACAAAGCCUCGGGGACCGUGGCCGCCGGCUGAGUGCUGACCUCCGGCUAAGGUCCUGGACACCUGCCUCCUCCUGUCAGCCAUCUUCCUGUCAGACUGACCGGGGUCCUAGCCCAUCUCUCCUAAGCACUAUCAGUUUGGACGUGAUGCCUAAAUUUGCCUUCUCCUCUGAAGAUGAGGGAGCAGGUUCAGGACCUGCUGAUCCCCAAAAGCCUGUCUUCAUUCUGGGGGAGCCUGACCCCCCACCCCCGACCACUCCAGUGACACCCAAGCCCUGCAACCUUUCUGCUGACACAGCUGUCCUCAGCCAUGCCCGCCUUCGAAGUAACAGUACAGGAGCCCGACACUCCACCCCUCGACCCCUUGAUGCUGGCAGAGGCCGCCGCCUAGGAGGCUCAAGAGAUCCCGGCCCUGAGAAGCCCCGGGCCUCCCCUGGUGGCAGUGGGGGUCGAGUGCCCAAGUCAGCCUCUGUGUCCGCCCUGUCCCUCAUCAUCACAGCAGACGACGGCAGCGGGGGCCCUCUCAUGAGCCCCUUGUCACCCCGCUCGCUGUCCUCCAAUCCCUCCUCCCGAGACUCCUCACCCAGCCGGGACCCAUCACCAGUGUGUGGUAGCCUGCGCCCCCCCAUCGUCAUCCACAGCUCAGGCAAAAAGUAUGGCUUCAGCCUGCGCGCCAUUCGAGUCUACAUGGGUGAUAGUGACGUGUACACGGUGCACCAUGUGGUCUGGAGCGUGGAGGAGGGGAGCCCUGCACAGGAGGCAGGACUGCGUGCUGGGGACCUCAUCACACACAUCAACGGGGAGUCGGUCCUGGGCCUGGUGCACAUGGACGUGGUGGAGCUGCUGCUGAAGAGUGGCAACAAGAUCUCCCUGCGUACCACGGCCCUGGAGAACACCUCCAUCAAGGUGGGACCCGCGCGGAAGAAUGUGGCCAAGGGCCGCAUGGCCCGUAGGAGUAAGCGCAGCCGCCGGCGCGAGACCCAGGACCGGCGGAAGUCUCUGUUUAAGAGGAUCUCAAAGCCAUCUUCUGUGCUCCACACCAGCCGUAGCUUCUCCUCGGGCCUCCAGCACUCUCUGUCCUCCAGCGAGAGCCUCCCCGGAUCACCCACUCACAGCCUGUCUCCCAGCCCCACCACACCCUGCCGCAGCCCUGCCCCCGACGCCCCCACAGACACAGCAUCCCCACCCAAUGUGUCCCCAAGCUCCAGCAGCCCCGCUUCUCCAGCCACUGGUCACACCCGUCCCAGCUCCCUGCACGGCCUGGCAGCCAAGCUCGGACCACCUCGUCACAAGAGCGGCCGCCGCAAGUCCACAAGCAGUAUCCCUCCAUCUCCUCUGGCCUGCCCGCCCGUGCCCACGCCCCCGCCACGCUCACCAUCGCCCCUUCCGGGGCACAUCCCCAUACCCGCCCGGUCCCCUAGGCUGCGUAGGGGCCAGUCGGCCGAUAAGCUGGGCCUGGGCACCAGUGAGAGGCUGGAUGGGGACGGAGGCCGGCGUGCCCGGGGGGCCGAGGCUGAGCUGGUCGUCAUGAGGAGGCUGCAUCUAUCAGAGCGCCGGGAUUCCUUCAAGAAGCAGGAGGCAGUGCAGGAGGUGAGCUUCGAUGAGGAGCCUGGGCCGCCUCGCGCAGUGCCAAAGAUCGCUGUGCAGGGUGCAGAGGCCACACCUGGAACCCCAGGACCAGCCAGGAAAGACUGACCACCUCUGGCUGCAGUUCCUUAUGCAGCUAUCAUCUUCACCAAGUCACACCUAGAUGGAGUGCAGCCAUCAGCCUGGGACUCGGCGGAGGGUGCCCUCUUCCCAGGAAGGGCUGGGAUGGGGGUGCCAUUGACUUGUAAAUAGCAAGCCCUCGCGACUAAUUUAUUACUUUUUAUAAGCAAUAGCCAGGCUGGCCCGCCUGGUGGACUCGGCUGUCUUGUCGUUGGCACCUGCAGCACAGCCUACAGACCCUGUUCUCUGGGUCAAGGCAAAGCACUUUGGGCAACUUCUGUGUUUUCUAGUUUGUCCCCUGUCCUUUCCAAGUGUGUGUGUGUGUGUGUCCAUCCCAUUCCCAACCCAAAACCCACUUGAAGGCACACAAAAGCUGGUCCCUACUGAGUUUGGACAGAAUUUGGAAGCUGCACCCUGAAGCAGGGGGAUCACCAGUUCAGUGGCAGGCUACACUCUGAAGACUACCUUCUGUGUCUGAAUAGCUCUCCUCAGACUGUCCUUACUCCACUCUGCCUGUGAUCCUGCAUGCUUCAGUUUAGGGGAAGUGUGGGAACAAAGGGCUUGGGGGGGAUGUGGAAUGCUCUGGUUUGAGGCAGAAUAGCCCAUACACCUUGCAGGGAGUAACUGACAGAUCUAAGGGCCAUCAAGGUGGGAAAUGUGUCCACUGCAGGGUGGGACAAAGCACUUGUCCCAAGUGAGGACCAUGCCUGACCACCAACCCCUGCACCACAAAGUCUAUGCCCAUGUGCACGAGCCCCAGCAUGGUGAGUGCCAGAGGACCGAGUGUGGACCCCAGCUACGCUGUGCAAUUCUAGAGGAGUGUCUUUCCCAUUCUGUGCCUGUUUACAUGACUAACCCCAGUGACUUGCACACUUCAUGUACACUGAGCACACCUGAAUUCCCCUCAGCUUUGUGUGAUCCAAGCAGCUGAGCUUCCUAAGGCCAGAGGCUUGUCCCACAAUGGCCCAGUAAGAGUGCCAGGACAGGACGGGCUCUCCCAACCCUACUGUGAACAUCGCCAUGGGGGAGCCCAGGCUGUCCCAUGCUGUGUGAUCUAGCAGCCAUGUAGUAGGUUGCCAGUGGUGCAGCUCUCCACACUCCAUGAGGGGAAUUUGCAGGCACUCAAACCCCCUGCACCUCCCUGACUCGCAGCCAGUACCUUCUGCUGGAAGGAAGACCAAGGCUGUGCAUGAGUAGCCCUCCACCCAUCUUGGAGCUGGCAUCAAAUAAAGUCCCAUGAAGCCAUCUGA